GCCAGCAUGGGGGACUCCAGGGACCUUUGCCCUCAUCUUGACUCUAUAGGGGAGGUGACCAAAGAGGACUUGCUGCUCAAAUCCAAGGGCACCUGUCAGUCAUGCGGUGUUUCCGGACCCAACCUGUGGGCCUGUCUCCAGGUCGCCUGCUCCUACGUUGGCUGCGGAGAAUCCUUUGCUGACCACAGCACCAUCCAUGCGCAGGCCAAAAAGCACAACCUGACAGUGAACCUGACCACGUUCCGGGUGUGGUGCUACGCCUGUGAGAAGGAGGUAUUCCUGGAGCCUCGGCUGGCAGCCCAGCCGCCAGGCCCUUCGCCCAAGUUCUCAGAGCAGGACUCUGUGCCGCCCUCCCACCCUCUGAAAGCUGUCCCCAUUGCUGUGGCUGACGAAGGAGAGUCCGAGUCGGAGGACGAUGACCUCAAACCGCGAGGCCUCACGGGCAUGAAGAACCUUGGCAACUCCUGCUACAUGAACGCGGCCCUGCAGGCCCUGUCCAAUUGCCCCCCACUGACCCAGUUCUUCUUGGAGUGUGGAGGCCUGGUGCGCACAGACAAGAAGCCAGCCCUGUGCAAAAGUUACCAGAAGCUGGUCUCUGAGGUCUGGCACAGGAAACGCCCCAGCUACGUGGUUCCCACCAGCCUGUCCCAUGGGAUCAAGUUGGUCAACCCGAUGUUCCGAGGCUAUGCCCAGCAGGACACCCAAGAGUUCCUGCGCUGCCUGAUGGACCAGCUGCACGAGGAGCUCAAGGAGCCCGUGGUGGCCGCGGCUGCAGCGCUGACCGAGGCUCGGGACUCAGACUCGAGUGACACGGAUGAGAAGCGGGAGGGCGACCGGAGCCCAUCAGAGGACGAGUUCCUGUCCUGCGACUCCAGCAGUGAUCGCGGUGAGGGCGACGGGCAGGGGCGCGGCGGGGGCGGCCCCCAGGCUGAGACGGAGCUGCUGGUCGUGGACGAGGCGGGCCGCGCCAUCUCCGAGAAGGAGCGCAUGAAGGACCGCAAGUUCUCGUGGGGCCAGCAGCGCACCAACUCGGAGCAGGUGGACGAGGACGCCGACGUGGACACCGCCAUGGCCGCCCUGAACCAGCAGCCCACGGACACGCAGCCGCCGUCACCACGGUCCACCAGCCCCUGCCGGACACCAGAGCCGGACAACGAGGCCCACAUGCGCAGCGCCUCUCGCCCCUGCAGCCCUGUCCACCUCCACGAGGGCCACGCCAAGCUGGCCGGCAGCCCUCCUCGUGCGAGCCCCGUGAGGAUGGGGCCGUCCUACGUGCUCAAGAAAGCCCAGGUACCGAGCUCCAGCAGCCGGCGGCGGAAGGAGCAGCGCUACCGCAGCGUCAUCUCAGACAUCUUCGACGGCUCCAUCCUCAGCCUCGUGCAGUGUCUCACCUGUGACCGGGUGUCCACCACGGUGGAGACAUUCCAGGACCUGUCGCUGCCCAUUCCUGGCAAGGAGGACCUGGCCAAGCUCCACUCAGCCAUCUACCAGAAUGUGCCAGCCAAGCCGGGUUCCUGCGGGGACAGCUCCGCCACCCAAGGCUGGCUGGCCUUUAUCGUGGAGUAUAUCCGACGGUUCGUGGUAUCCUGUACCCCCAGCUGGUUUUGGGGUCCGGUGGUCACCCUGGAAGACUGCCUCGCCGCCUUCUUCGCCGCUGACGAGCUGAAGGGUGACAACAUGUAUAGCUGUGAACGGUGUAAAAAGCUGCGCAAUGGCGUGAAGUAUUGUAAGGUCCUGCGGUUGCCAGAGAUCCUGUGCAUUCACCUGAAGCGCUUUCGGCACGAGGUGAUGUACUCGUUCAAAAUCAGCAGCCACGUCUCCUUGCCCCUGGAGGGACUUGACCUGCGCCCCUUCCUCGCCAAGGAGUGCACGUCCCAGAUCACCACCUAUGACCUCCUCUCGGUCAUCUGCCACCACGGCACGGCAGGCAGUGGCCACUACAUCGCCUACUGCCAGAACGUGAUCAACGGGCAGUGGUAUGAGUUCGACGACCAGUACGUCACCGAGGUCCACGAGACAGUGGUGCAGAACGCCGAGGCCUACGUGCUUUUCUACAGGAAGAGCAGCGAGGAGGCCGUGCGGGAGCGGCAGCAGGUGGUGUCCCUGGCCGCCGUGCGGGAGCCCAGCCUGCUGCGGUUCUACGUGUCCCGGGAAUGGCUCAACAAGUUCAACACCUUCGCCGAGCCGGGGCCCAUCGCCAACCACACCUUCCUCUGCUCCCACGGAGGCAUCCCGCCCAACAAGUACCACUACAUCGACGACCUGGUGGUGAUCCUGCCCCAGAACGUCUGGGAGCAUCUCUACAACAGGUUUGGGGGUGGCCCUGCCGUGAACCAUCUGUACGUGUGCUCCAUCUGCCAGGUGGAGAUCGAGGCGCUGGCCAAGCGCAGGCGGAUUGAGAUCGACACCUUCAUCAAGCUGAACAAGGCGUUCCAGGCCGAGGAGUCGCCCAGUGUCAUCUACUGCAUCAGCAUGCAGUGGUUCCGGGAGUGGGAGGCCUUCGUCAAGGGCAAGGACAGCGAGCCCCCCGGUCCCAUUGACAACAGCAGGAUAGCACAAGUCAAAGGAAGUGGCCACAUCCAACUGAAGCAGGGAGCUGACUACGGGCAGAUCUCAGAGGAGACCUGGGUGUACCUGAAUAACCUGUAUGGCGGCGGCCCCGAGAUCGCCCUCCGCCAGAGUGUGGCCCAGCUCCAGGACCCGGAGAGCUUGCACGGGGAGCAGAAAAUCGAAGCCGAGACCCGGGCCGUGUGA